AUCUUCCUCUCGUGCAUUGCAGUAGGUCGCAUAUCGCAUUUUACAUUCUGCACAAUUCUGCAUCGCGCCACCGCCUCGGAUAUCUACACGGGUAUCUAACCACGUCGUCUGCGCAUCCCUUCUGUGUUUAUUUUCUCCUUCGGGAGACAUGAACCUGCAAUAACCAGAGCACUUUUUGCAUGUUUACGUCUGCCAUUAUGGCUUCUGAUGAGCAGCCGGUAACGCAGCCUCUGCGUAUUUCUAAGAACAGCACUCCCGUGGCAUCCCCAAUUAAGAGCAACAUUCCUCGUCCAUUGUCUGAGAUUUCAGCUACCGAGCAGCGACGCAAUUCACCCAGCUGGAACCCAUCCCCUAAGGUCAUUCAGAAAAUGGGCCUAAACACCGACUCAUCGCCAUUCCAGUCCUCUCCUCUGGAUGGCACAGCUUCUCCACGCCUAUUUUGGCAGAAUCGUAAUAUCAAUCGCACCGAGAACGAAUUGUAUGGUGGUCGUACUGGCUCCCCAUCGCCGACCAGGCGCUCCUCCAUCGAGCGCUUGCAGAAAGCAUCGCGCGUCAAGAACAGUACCAUGUUCGCUAGAGAACAAAAGCAGGAGUAUGAUCCGGCGCGUGUACCAACUAUCGAGCGACCUCUUUCUAAGGUACAAGGCAAUGCUUAUAGCGGUACUGGUUCUCCUUUUCGAGCAAGUCAUGGCCGGUCAGAAAGCCAAACCAGUAUUCCCAUCUACUCCCCUACCAAGUCCCGACCAGUCCUAUCUCCUGGUCCUCAGACCCCAAGCAAAGAUCAAGUCUCUCCUAUCAAGUCCUCUAUGUCUGCGAAUCGCUUUAAGAACAGCCAAGAAUCCCCAGACGACGUCUUUACAGAUCGCUCAUUCGAGGAACACGUUCUUCCAAGCGGUAGAUUCCUCCAUCGUCAUGCCAAAUCUGUUACAUUCGAUGCGGCGCCACCUCAGGUCAACGAGUAUGAGAUGGCUACCCCUGAUCUGUCUUCCGUUGGCACGAACUCGCGCGAAGGCAGCUUUGAAGACGAUGAAGAUGAUGAGGAUUAUGUCUAUGGGCAUUACGCCGGAGAAGAUGGCGAGGGUGCGGAAGACAGUUUUGAUGCGACCCUCGAAGACACGGACAAGACCCCAGUUGUAGGACCUGAUGACUGGCGUCAAGAUCGCGAUACACGUUUCGAUAGUAGUCCAAUGCCCGAAGGCGGUCUGCAACAAGCUGCCAUUAUCCGCCCACAACACUCUCGUUCCGAUUCUUCUACCUCGAGUAACGAUCACCGACCAUUGCCCCCUCUCCCUGGAAUGGGACACACUCGAUCACAAUCCUCCUCUUCCAAUGGACUGUCUGCUACGACAGAACGUAUGCUAGGCUCUCCUCGAAGUCUUCCUUCUCCACCUCCGGCUUCGGUGAGCAAGUCGGAGAUCCAGAACAUUGGCAAUGGUAGCAUGUCUUUGGAGGAACGUCUCAAGCUCAUGAUGCUUUCUGAUGAGACAAGCCCCAAGGCUGCGGAUAGCUCUGCAAAGACUUUCGCAGAACAACAACGAGAGCGUCGGAUGCGACGGGCGGGUCCUCGUGAUAGGGUGAUGAGCCCCACCCCGGAGCAUGAGGACGCUGAUGCUGCAGCCAAUGAAGAAGACGAAACUGCCGGUGACAUUUCAGGACUUGACAUUGAUUUCCAACUCCCUAGCAUCUCUCGUCAAUCGAUCCUGCGACGCGUGAAUGGCAACCGGGCUCUUGAACGAGACUCCGACUUCGCCUUCAAUAACUCUGUAGGCCCAGAUACGAGUCUGGCUCGUGCUACUCCUUAUGAUCCUGAUGUCCCCAUCGCUAGUAUCGAGGACUCGGUUCUUGAUGAUAUUGCAGAGCAGAGCGAAGACAGUGUUGUCAUCCAUGAAAGCGAAGAUGAUAAAGCCGACGUUUACGAUCUUUACCAGAGAUCUGAGGAUGAAGAUGUCGCAUCGCAAAAAGAUGGCCAGGAUUAUGACACAGAGAGUCAUUACUCAGAUGAGGCCAAGAACCCUCAAACUGAUGACACGCAACCUGAGCCGUCGGCCACGACUCCUCGGGCAGCGAGCCCUGCAGCUGAAGAAGCUAUCACAAAUUUCAGUGCUACUCUUCCCCAAGUGAACUGUCCGUCUAAGGAUGCGGAAUUCACUCGAAGCCUGCAGUCCCACAUGCUCCCCAAACCUAAAGAUGCGGCUGCGCUCACCUAUUCAGAAAGCCACAAGAUGUCCGACGCGCAAGCUUACUUGCAACGUUCGUACACUCCGGAGAUGAUAAUGAAGAAGAAGAAGAAGCCUUUGUCGAAGCCAGAAUAUGAUGGUUCUGGCUGGGGCGAUCCGGAAGACGAGGAAGAGGAAGAAUAUGAAGAAGAAGAGUAUGAAGAAGACGAAGAUGAGGAGCCUGGUACUCCAGAAUCCGUUAUCCAUCACCCUGUCUCGGAUGAUGACGACGACGAUGACGAUAUCUCAGAGGAAGAGGAGGAGGAUGAUGAAGUGGAUGUUGAUGACAGUGUUGACGAUGACAACGAAGACGAUGAUGAUGAUGAGAUUGAAGAGGUAAAAGUACAAGUGGAAGAACCAUUCCUUGAAUCACCAGCGAUCCCAGAACGCGAAGCAACUAUUAAGGCUUCUUCUGGCUCUCGGCUAAAGACGCGUCCUUCUGCAACUCCGUCGGACCUUGAGGCCAUGCGUGAGGCUCGUAGACAAGUAAGCCGUGAGAUUGCACCCACCAUCCCACCGAUUCCGGACCGACAUCGAAACCGUCUCUCUACCGACGCGGCGUCCAAUAGCCUAGAGGUUCCUACCGGCGACGAUUUCCUGGAGCGUCACCCCAGUUUCAAGAAGAGCAGUCUUACUUUGGAUCUCGACCUCGGUCUCAGUCUUGAUCAGGAUUUCCAGCGGGUCAUUGAGGCACAAAAGCGUGGAUACCUCAUGCGCCAGAACACGAAACUAGUGACCGCCAGCGACAAAGACACCGAAGAAAUUCGAGCAGGCACUCGCUCUGCUGGUAAUUCUCCAGUUAAGCAAUCGCGCCCCCAGUCCUGGACUGUUGAACCUUGGAACGGUAAGCACAGGAGAAGCAUUCGAAAGCGCCACGGACCAAACACAGGAACUGCAGUGCCACCUGUACCAGGACACGAAAGCAACGCCACAACAACAACAGCAGCAGCAGCAACCGCGAUGAACUCGCUUCCAGAGGAGGACUCCUCGGAUCUAGCCACGGAGGAGUGUGGCGAGAGAGGCAGAUUGUUUAUCAAGGUGAUGGGUGUGAAAGAUCUUGAUCUUCCCUUACCUAAGAAUGAACGAGUGUGGUUCAGCCUCACUCUUGACAAUGGUGUACACUGUGUAACCACAUCUUGGCUUGAGCUGGCCCGCAACGCACCAAUCGGCCAAGAGUUUGAGCUGGUGGUUCCUCGUGAGUUGGAAUUCCAACUUACCCUUAACGUGAAGCUUGACAAGCCGGCUCCUCAACGUACGCUCGUCUCAACACCUAAAGCUGCUAAGCCUAAGUCUUCCCCCUUCUCUCGCGUUUUCGCUAGCCCGAAGAAGCGAAAGGAGAUGGAAGCUCGUCAGCGUGCAGAAGAAGAAGCCUAUGCGCUCGCUCAGCGAGAGGCUGCUGCCAAGCAGAUGACCGCUGCCUCCUCAGCUUGGGACCUGCUUUCCCCUCUCGCUGCAGAGAACGGAACGUUCGCACGCUCCUACGUCUGCCUCAAGGAGCACGAGACCCGUUGCUAUGGACGACCUUAUAUGGUAGAGAUCGCUGCAUUCAACGAAUGGGCCACUGAAGAGGCCUCUUUUGCCAGCAGUGUCAAGAGCAAGCGCGCUGGAGUUCCCAGCAACGCCGUAGUACGCCGAGCACCGUACAAGAUCGGCAAGCUUGAAGUACAGCUGCUUUUCGUCCCGCGGCCCAAGGGUAGUACGGAUGACGAUAUGCCCAAGAGUAUGGGCAUGUGCAUCCGAGAGUUGAAGGCCGCCGAAGAGCGACUGAGCAAGAACUGGGAGGGUCACCUGAGCCAGCAAGGAGGCGACUGCCCUUACUGGCGUCGUCGUUACUUCAAGCUAGUCGGCACGAGACUAACAGCUUACCACGAGACAACACGCCAACCGCGUGCUACUAUCAACUUGGCCAACGCCAAGCGACUCAUCGAUGACCGACGAACCCUCACCGAUCCCGAGACCACAGGCCGCGGCGGCAAGCGACGCCGCUCUGCUUUUGCAGAAGAGGAAGAAGGCUACAUGUUCGUCGAAGAGGGUUUCCGUAUUCGAUUCAACAACGGCGAGAUAAUUGAUUUCUAUGCCGACACUGCCGAGGACAAGCAAGGCUGGAUGAGAGCCUUGAACGAUGUCAUCGGCCGAUCUGGCGGUGUCGACGAGAGUGGCAAUGCUACAGGCCGCCGCAAGUGGUGUGAGCUCGUCCUUAAGAAGGAAGACAUGCUCCGAAAGCGCGCCGAGUCUAGACGAGUUCAUUCGAGAACUAAGAGUAUGAUCGUCUAACCUGGCCCCGCCAACGUUCAUGAAUACUCUCUACGAAGAGAAAAUGAGGACACGACAAACGACAAUUAUGCCCGGUACGAUCGUGAAUGCAAUUGAUCUGCUUACGACUUCAUGAUCGGUAUUUGCGGCGCCAUCAUUACUGCAAGAGCUAGCUCAUUUCCCUAUCUUACCUCUCCCUCAACUGUCUUGUUUCUUGAAGACCUCGAUUUGGCAUCUUGGCAAGAACACUAUGCCAACGCUUCUUCUAGCCUACCAUCACGUCUCAGGCUACAAAACUUUGGGCUU